UAACCCCAUUUGUGUCCCUUGGCCCCUAGAUAAAUUGAAUAGAGGAAAUUAAAGCAGCUCAUUCACGUGUUAAGCCAAGGACAGAAACCGUAGUUUUGCAAGAACUGUGAAUCUCUCUCGGCAAUCAGAACGAACGAAGAAGCGUGCGAUUCCAAUCUUGUCUCACGGGCUUUCGAGCAUUGCUUUCAAAAUCGCUUGAAUUCCAAGAAAUACUGAUAUUCUGAUGGAAAAUCCGAGUAUGGAUGUGAAUGGCCCUCACAACAUGGGAACAACGAUCAUCGGUGUCACUUACGAUGGAGGUGUCGUCCUCGGCGCUGACUCUCGAACCAGCACGGGAAUGUAUGUGGCUAAUCGUGCAUCGGAUAAAAUCACGCAGCUGACUGAUAAUGUCUACGUUUGCCGCUCGGGAUCAGCUGCUGAUUCUCAAAUUGUAUCUGAUUAUGUACGGUACUUUCUUCAUCAGCACACGAUACAGCUGGGGCAGCCUGCAACUGUCAAAGUUGUUGCAAAUCUUGUCAGGCUAAUGUCAUAUAAUAACAAGAACAUGCUACAAACUGGUUUAAUUGUUGGUGGGUGGGACAAAUAUGAAGGCGGAAAGAUAUAUGGGAUUCCUCUUGGGGGAACAUUAAUAGAGCAGCCUUUCGCCAUUGGAGGAUCUGGCUCUAGUUACUUGUAUGGAUUCUUUGAUCAAUCAUGGAAAGAAGGAAUGACCGAGGAGGAGGCUGAGCAAUUGGUGGUCAAGGCCGUUUCCCUUGCCAUUGCUCGAGAUGGCGCCAGUGGGGGUGUUGUUCGGACUGUCACUAUAAAUUCAGAGGGCGUGACGAGGAAAUUCUAUCCAGGCGAUAAGCUGCCAUUGUGGCACGAGGAGUUGGAGCCUCAGAACUCGUUGCUAGACAUACUGACUGGGUCUCAUCCUGAGCCAAUGAGCACUCAAUGAAGAUUGCCAUGGUUGUUGAUCACUGUAUUAUUGCUCAUCGGGCAGUUAUUAUCAAAUUGGAUGCUUUUCUGGGUUUCAAAACAACCAAUCUUGACUUGUGUACUUUGGCACUCUUUUUAUCAUCCUAGCUAGACAUGUUAGUUAACAUUUGACUGAAACAUCGGUGAGGGAUCCGCCCAAUCUGUGGAGGGGAAAAAAAAAUUCUGCUUCUUGUUUUACGUUUAGCUUCUUUGAUCAAGGGGUUUGUGUCUUGAAUAUUAUCAAAUCACAGGUUCAGUUCUUGAA